CCCUCCUGUUAUUACCGGAGUCUGCCAGUUGAGUUGGUCGAGUUCCGCCGAGAAGAGCAUCCGCGAGAGUUCUGUUCCGUGGACAAGUUAGUUCUGUUUGGGUUUCACUUGGUGCUGGUGAUCGUUCUUCGGACCAGACUCUAGAUCUCUAGAUCUCUGGAUCAAUCUAGAUCUCUAGAUCUUGUCACCAAAAUCCAAUCGUCAGACUAUGAAUUGGACAUCAAACAGCAAACUUAUCAAUUUAUCCGACAGUUACCGUGAUUACGCUCGCUGUCACACCAGCCGACAGUUAAACUAAACUCAAGGAUCUGUUUAUUCGUGUGUUACCACCUAUUUGUGCUCACGGGGUUACCGGGUCACGUUAACUACUGGCCUACUUGGCUUUCGUACCAUAAUAAAGCGUGAGAGCUCCGAUUGAUAAAAUUUUCCUGGAAAAAUUUGCAAUACUAAAAAGAAAAAUUAAAAAAAAAAUAGCAAUAAUAAUAAACAUAGAAAUUUAAAUUUAUUCACCGUAAGCAGAUGUGUCGAGGGAUUUUCAUUCAUGAGAAGCCCUGGUAGUUUGUCAGGCUGUUCUUACGAACAUUACCGUCACGUCAGUCUCGGAUGUCAGUCGCGGAGGCUCAGACAAUAAAUCUCCCUUUGAGUGACCAUUAUCACCACCUUCAAUAUCUUAUUAUCGGCGAGCGAUAUUUAGUACAUUAUUCAAAUUCAAUGUCGCCACGCCUUUGGGACAACUGUCGUCGUCUUAGUGGGAUUUAAGGUUAGCCGCCACCUACACACACGCACUGGCGGUCAAAAUUCUUCAUUUAUUUACGCAAAUACCUCAACGCUAUAAAACGGUUCUGAUUGCCGGUUUUUCUGCAAAAGCACCACAACAGAGCGGCUGUGGGAGAAGGAAGACCUGGAGGAGCCAAGAAGAAAUGAGGCGGACGUGACGUCACAAUGACAUGAUGAAGAGCCUGGUGGGAAUCAUGUGGAUAGUCUUGGUUCUCAUAUCAGGAUGCUCCGGAAAUCCGGACGCAAAACGACUCUACGAUGACCUUCUAUCAAAUUACAAUAAAUUGGUGAGGCCAGUGGUCAACGUCACAGAUGCACUUACCGUUAAAAUAAAGCUUAAGCUUUCCCAACUCAUAGACGUGAACUUGAAGAACCAAAUAAUGACGACGAAUCUCUGGGUUGAGCAGUCGUGGUAUGACUACAAGCUGCAGUGGGAUCCUAAAGAGUACGGAGGGGUCGAAAUGCUUCACGUACCGUCCGAUCACAUAUGGCGACCUGAUAUAGUUUUGUAUAACAACGCUGAUGGUAACUUUGAGGUGACCCUUGCCACAAAGGCAACGCUGAAUUACACAGGCAGAGUGGAUUGGAAACCACCUGCUAUCUACAAGUCUUCCUGCGAAAUCGACGUCGAGUAUUUUCCAUUCGACGAGCAAACCUGUGUCAUGAAAUUCGGAUCCUGGACUUACGACGGCUUUCAGGUUGACUUAAGACACAUCGACGAAGUCCAUGGUAACAAUGUGGUUGACAUUGGUGUUGAUCUUUCGGAAUUUUACACUUCUGUCGAGUGGGACAUUCUUGAAGUUCCAGCUGUCAGAAAUGAAAAGUAUUACACCUGCUGCGACGAGCCUUACCUCGACAUUACCUUCAACAUAACAAUGCGCAGAAAAACGUUGUUCUACACAGUUAAUUUAAUAAUACCGUGCAUGGGAAUAUCCUUUUUGACGGUGUUGGUGUUCUAUCUGCCGAGCGACAGCGGAGAAAAGGUCAGUCUCUCAAUAUCCAUCCUCCUGUCGCUGACAGUGUUUUUCCUGCUGUUAGCAGAAAUAAUUCCUCCAACUUCGCUGGUGGUACCACUGCUGGGUAAAUUUGUAUUAUUUACGAUGAUCCUCGAUACAUUUAGUAUAUGUGUGACAGUGGUGGUGUUAAACGUCCACUUUCGAUCACCACAAACUCACGUGAUGGCACCCUGGGUGAGACGGGUGUUCAUCCACGUACUGCCUCGGCUGCUGGUAAUGCGAAGGUAUGAUUUAAGACCCCAGUUCCAAAUAGAUCGCCGCAGCUUUGACCGGCAACGUGUGAUGGUAAGAACGUGCAAUGGUCUGGAAGUACGUGACCCGACAAGGUUUGCUGAGGAUCCGGGAGCUGAAUUCGUCGAGCCGCCCAUGCUGUUCCCCAGUGUCGACUCGCGAGAUGAAUUAAAUCCGCGAGAGCUCGAGGCCGUUAAUCUGGGCAGCGCGUGUCAAAUUCAUGGUUCACCGGCUAGUAUACCGCCACCCCCGCAGCUUCCUACAGAGGAUAGUGUUGAUGCUUUAUGCAAAACUCUAAAUAAUUGGCAUCACUGUCCAGAACUUUAUAAAGCUAUCGAGGCGAUACGAUUUAUUGCUGACCAUACUAAAAGAGAGGAAGACUCUACUCGAGUAAAAGAAGAUUGGAAGUACGUAGCAAUGGUGCUAGACAGACUAUUCCUGUGGAUUUUCACCCUGGCGGUAAUAGUAGGCACAGCUGGAAUAAUUUUACAAGCACCAACUCUGUACGACGACCGUGUACCUAUCGACGUUAGAUUAUCAGAAAUAGCUUCAACCACUGCCAAACCGCACAUCGUUACAACCCUCUGAGUAACGUUAGGUGUUUCGUAAGACUAAUAAAGUUAUCAGAAGUAACAAAA